AUGCCGACAUUAGGUAUUGGAAAGAACAAAUUUCGCCAUUUCUACAAUGUUGAAUUUCAAAAGCUUCGAAGUGAACAUGAUGGACCACAAGGGAUCUCGUGUGAGCUUUUCGUCGAGAGAUUAUCGAGUAGAAGGGAAGAACUUGCUUUGACGGCCACUCAAAUUCGGCACUUGGCUCGAGAAGCCGACAAGAAUCGAGAUGGGUAUAUCACUGAUGCCGAAUUUGGAAAGCUCUGCAUCGAUCACGAGGCUCAAGCUUCAGUGAUGAAAAAAGCGUUGUACACAGUGGCUGAUGUUGUCAUCACUCCAAAGCAAAGAAUUGAAGUUCAUUCUUAUUUGAACGCUUUCAACUGCUGUCCACCACCGCUUUUUAUUGUCAGCGUUUCGAUUCUCCAGGUCAUCAUUUUCCUCUAUUAUUACUACACAACGGCUCAUCCACAUCACAAAAUCUAUGACUAUUGCGCGGGAUGUUAUGUGGGAAAUCAGCUAGGCCCAUUGAUGUUUGUUCCAAAACUUCGCGAACAAGUUUGGCGCUUUGUCACGUACAUGUUUCUACAUGCAGGAUUACUCCAUUUGAUCGGAAAUCUUGUGAUGCAAUUGCUUGUCGGAAUCCCGUUAGAGGUUGUACACAAAAUCUGGCGAAUAGGACCUUUAUAUUUGAUGGCGGUGAUUGCUGGAGCUUUGCUACAAUAUCCCCUCGAUCCAAGCGUUUUGCUUGUUGGAGCUUCAGCUGGUGUCUAUGCCCUAAUUCUAGCACAUCUCGCUAAUGUUUUUAUUAACUGGGCAGAGAUGCCAUUUCGAUGGCUACGUUUGUUAGUGAUCGCCGUUUGGCUAUGCUUUGACAUUGGAGGCACAGUGUAUCGUCGUUUCUGGGAAAAUCCAUGUGAUAAAGUCUCACAUGCAGCACAUAUCGCUGGUGGGGUCACAGGCUUCUGUUUUGGUGUUUUCAUUCUUUACAAUAUGGUGGAACGAACCUGGGAACGUGUGGUGAAAUGGUGUUGUCUCGGACUGUAUUUACUCUUCUUGGGCGUUUGCAUUUUCUUCACGAUUUUCCGUAAACCCACCGAUGCGCCAAUCUGGAACAAUGAUUGUUUUGCUACUCAA